CUUACUUUGUGAGGUCCAGUGGCAAGGAGCACACCAACGGUAUGGGGCCCUCAGACGGUGUGGGGCCCAAAAUGGUGGGCCCCACAACGUUUAUUGCUUUAAAUGAGCUCUGGAACCUCCCCUAAUGCCCCUGUUGCUUCUUCUUCACUUGGCCCACAAGGUAACAAAAAGUGGAAACGUGUGUUUGAAAUUAUUUGCUCUCUAUCGCCCCCUACUUCCGGUUUUCCCAUUUUCGCCGAUACACACCAAGUAGAAGUGUGUAAACUUUCAGCCAAUGAUACGGGACGUGGGCGGGGCUUAGCGAAUGCCGCGCUGUGGACCGGGCCUGCAGCUCAAUGGAUGACAGAGGAAGAGGGUCCAGCCGGCAGAAGAUGCAAUAUCGUGGGUUCUGUCUUCAAGGGACAAGCAGUGUUUUAUAGAAAAAUAUAUUGAUAGUUACAAAGGUAAGAAGCAUGUCUGGUCCAGUCGGUGUAGCAUAUUGUGCAUUUCUCAGUACUAUUCAUUAACAUGUACAUAUGGUAUAAAUAAUUAUUUGAAAUAGACGUCAGAAGCAGAUAUCUUUAAAAACAUCUUGCUUGUGGCUGCUGUUUAAGUAAAAUGCAGCCUUGUAUGGGCAAUUUUACAUAAGCCUGUCUUCUAUCAUGAAUAUUUACAUUAAAUAUAGAUGCAAUUGCACAACUUUUUUUUGUGGUAUAUGGCUUGUGUGCACAUGCAUUAUAAAUAAAUAUCCUUUUUGUUGGAGAAUGAUUACAUGCUAGCUUCAACUUAUUUAAAAGAGGGCUGCAUAAUUAAUCAAAUAGUAAUUGUGAUCAUUAUUUUGGUCUUCCACAAUUAAAUAAACAUGAUCGACUGCGAUAUUGACAUAUACAAUCCAACAGAGUAGACAGCUAGACAAAAAUCAGAGGCAGAGUCUCAGAGCUAGUCUCUCGAAACAAAGCAUCGUCCCAUGGGUUUUUAGGUAAUUCAGAUUCAGGAGAGUUGUGAUCAUAAACAACAAAAAUCUUAUCCAAAGAGUGCAUGCCACUUGCCUGCUCCACAAAGCAACACAAAUAUUAAACCCCCUGAAUAAAUCUCCAUGAACUGCGGUUUAGGAUUGGUAAUGAAUAAUCGAUAUUCAUAUAUUCGUUCAUUAAGAAUUAUUCGAAUAACAUCCAAGCCUAAUGAAUAUCGUUCUAGUCCCGCGCAUUAUGAGAAGAACAUCUUCCGGUAUCUUGUGGAGCUCGACUUCCUACAGCAGAUGAGUGUAACGGGUGCUAAAUCCCUGUCAGAUAUCUUAACGAACUUUAAGUUCAUGGUCAGUGAUUUGUACAUCUAAAGAAAAUAUGUAUUCACUCUAACCGUCCCAUCCUUUCCCGUAAACUCACAGACCAGGGUUCCUAAACUGAAAAAGAAUGCCUUAGCGAAUGAUCGAUUAAUUGUUCAAUAACGUUAUGAAUAUUCGAACAUGAAAUCUCCUCUAAAGUCCCAUCCCUACUGCGGUUCGAUAAAUGCAUGAAGGCCAAGAAGGAGAAUAUUGUAUUGAUCCAAUAUUUCGCCGCUGCUCAAACAUCAACUCAAAAAUCAUGAACCGCAACACUGUGAAGGGUGUUAUCAUUGUAAGGUAGCGAACUGAUGGAAAACAUGAAAAUUAAUGCAGUGCUCUCUUUAGGUACAAAUCUGUGAAUAUUUUGCAUCAAUUUCAAUCAUGUUUUUGCCUCUAUUAGAUGCCCUGUGAAUGGGAUUUUGAAAUCAUGCUCUUUUUAUUUAAAUGUUAAAGUACUCUAUAAUCAAUUGAUAAUUUACAUGAAACCCUUUUGGUUAUAAUCAUGUAGCCCUACAUAGUGUAAUAGGAGGUUUUGUUACUUUUUAGUAUUGAUGCUUCCAAAGAAGACGGAUCCCUUGGAAGAUUGGUUAAUGAAAACAACAAAUAUCGAAACUGCACCAUACAACAAGCCAAACUUAUGCCUAUUUUCCAUUAAGCUUAUUGAGGUAGGAACCGAAAUAAUCUCCUACUCUGGUGACUCAAAAGGGCCAAGCCAUGAAAAGGUGACCAACUUGCAGACUCCUGCUGUGGCAGUAGAGACCCAGAUAUUAAAAGCAGAUCCGAGCUCCCAAGGAGAUUCCAGUACUGAACUUGCAAAAUCGCAGGUGACCAACUUGCAGACUCCUGCUAUAGAGACCCAGAUAUUAAAAGCAGAUCCGAGCUCCCAAGGAGAUUCCAGUCCUGAACUUGCAAAAUCGCAGGUGAUCAACUUGCAGACUCCUGCUGUGGCAGUAGAGACCCAGAUAUUAAAAGCAGAUCCGAGCUCCCAUGGAGAUUCCAAUACUGAACUUGCAAACUUGCAGGUGAUCAACUUGCAGACUCCUGCUGUGGCAGUAGAGACCCAGAUAUUAAAAGCAGAUCCGAGCUCUCAUGGAGAUUCCAAUACUGAACUUGCAAACUUGCAGGUGAUCAACUUGCAGACUCCUGCUGUGGCAGUGGAGACUGGAAAGCAGUCAAGUAUUUAAUAAAAAAAUAGGAUUACUGCUAUGAAAAGGAAAAUGUAUGAAUUUGCAAGUUAAUAUUGUUGUUGAGUAUGUAUUUAAUAUUUUCGUGUGUGUUAUGUUGAAUGUGCCUGCCAUUAUGGGUUGGCCGGGGUCUAUACCCUAAGUGAGAGGAGCUUUUUUUUUUUUUUUUUACACAAUUUUUGUUUUGUACAAUGUUUGUAUUUAAUAUUUUGUAGUUAUGUUAAAUGUGCCUACCAUAAAGGGUUGGUCUGGUUCUAUACCCAGAGUUUAAACAAAAAUGUUGUUUGUGAGAGCAGCUUUUUUUCCACAAAACAUUGUUUAGUACAAAUUCUUGAAUAAAAGUCUCCAUGAUCCAGA